AAUGUGACGCUCAGUCGAUCGUAAAUUCGCGUUUGUGCGCAAGUCUGAUAGUGAGCUCCGUUUGAGGAGAGUCCCCAGCUUCGACAAAAUGAGACUAAUACUUGUCCUAUGUCUCGGGACGUUUGUUUCAUCUGCACCAGCACCUCAGAGAAUAAGGCAAAUUGAUUUCUUGUGGCAAAAUAGUCAGGACGAUGAGACUCCUGCUUCAGUGCAACCGGUUGAGCAGAGUACCGUUGAGCCAAAGGUCACGGCCACAAAGAUAACCGAUCCUCGUAAAUCUGUUCCAGUGCGCGAAGAAGAAGAAGAAGAGGAAGCAGAUGUCCAAGAGGAAACACGUGAACCCAGUCCUACAGCAAGUCCCCUGAACUCAGAACAAGAAAAAUCUGUUGAUGAGCCAGACGAUAGUGAAAACAGUGAACGAAACGAAGAUGCUAGUAGUGAACGAAAUCAGGAAAAUGAAGAUCAUACUGAAGCAGUAGAAGAAGGAACAACGGAACGUGCCAUAAUCGAUACUACGAUACGAGUGUAUGACGAAGAAGAAGAAAAUGACAAGAAUACUGAAAAGGAAGAAGAACAUACGGAACACGAACAAAAACAAGAACAAGCAGAGGAUCAGGAACCGGAACAGGAGCAGCAACAAUUAUCCAACCAAGAAGACGAAAAACAAGGACAAGGGCAGCAGACUGACUUGAGGAGUGACAGCUAUCAAUACGACGAUGAAAGUUUCGAAAGGCAGUUGCAAGAAGAUCGAACGGAAAGCCAGAUGACCACCACAGUUCCUCCUGAGUCUAACCCUGAAAUAACGGUUACAGAUGCAGGCUUCGACAUUGAAGUGAAGGGUGGCACACUUGUAGUAGACAAGGACACAUUUGAAAACUUGAAUCGUGAAAAGCCAGGUUUUCAAAACUGGCACCACCAUGAUUUCAACGGUUCUUUCGACUUCCAUGGACCACACCAUCACCGCGGGCAUAGCGGUGAUGGUCACCGAGGACCACCCCAUAAUCACCCUGGACCUCACGGAGAUGGUCCCUUUGGUUUUGCAUUUCAUGGACCGCCUUUCCAUGGACACCAAUUUGACGGACCCCCACCACCAUGGGUGCAUAACCAUCGAUUCCAUCCUGAUCACCCCCAUGAUUUAAAAUUCGAAUUCAAAGGUCAUGGAGGAUCCAAGGGAUACCCAUUCCAAGACAACAUGUUUCAUCGAAGGGAUGCAUUUUGGCCGUCAUGGAAAACUGCACUUUCUUCGGAGGAAGAAUUGCCCACCAAAGUGAAUAACCUUUCGGAACAGUGACCCAAGAUGACUGCCUUGGACUAUAAACUAUAUCGUUGAUGAUUGAUCUUGAUAUGAUUAUUUAUAUUACUACUAGGCUGUACUUCAAUGUAAAUGACUAAUUAAGAAUGAAACAGCGUGUUUGUCGGAUGUUUGAAUGCUGGUUUCUAAUCAAGUGGCGCUCUCCUUCAUUGCGGAGCUAAGCGAGGCGCGGAAAACUAGUUCAGUCGCAAAACGGAAGGUUUCAUAAAAGUGAUCAGUUUGAGAAGGAAUGUUAGAGUUGUAUGAAUCAUAUGUGUCAGCAAUGGAUUAAACAUACUGGAGUGGAAUAAAUUAAAGCCUAACCGUUUCAGCA